AUGCGCCGGCUAGAGCAAGCAAUCUUCGAUCUCAGUGAAAAUUUAAGACUUCGUGAUAACUCACCUACCCCGCUGGCAACUUCAUCCUCACACGGGGUACGAAGAAGGUCCACCGACACAAACGCCACAGGGAUUCCGGAAGAUCUGGCUGGUACCUCCCCGGAUAAUAAUCAAGGACGAGCUGGUUCCAUCGACCUAGAAGUGCAUGGCAUGAAUAGUACGCUACUUUUUGGCCCUAAAGUGAUAGCUCAUAGCCUGCCAUUUAUUUGCCCCAACACCCUCCAGCGGCAGGCAAUUUGGCAAAGCUAUCUGGAGAACGUGGCUCCCCUUGUUACCAUAAUACAUCGGCAAAGUCUGAAAAAUAUUCUGGUGCAAUUGGACGACUCGAAGGACACUCUUGAGGGGUCAGACAGGACACUGGUUUGCGCCGUAUAUCUAUCCGCGAUCAUGAGCAUGACACCCUCUCAGUGUUUCGACAAACUUGGCGAACAGCAAGAGUCAGCAAUCGGUCGGUAUCGGUUGGCUGUCGAGCAAGCGCUCUCUGAGGCUGAUUUUUUUAACUCUCGUGACUUUACCUUGCUUCAAUCUGCUCUCUUGUAUCUGAUUUCUAUUCGACGGCAUGAUAAAGGACAUUUUGUCUGGACCAUGACAGCAGUCAUACUGCGACUCGCGCAACGAUUAGAGCUUCAUAGAGAAAGAGCUUUAUCUGCCACAUCUCCCAUGAAUGCUGAGAUGUCCCGUCGAAUCUGGUGGCAUAUCCUGGCGCUGGAUGUGCAAUCUGCGGAGGAUCAUCACACUGAGCCUUUGAUCCAUGACGGACAGUUUGAUACUAGAUUUCCCCUAAACAUCAACGAUGAAGACCUGAUCCCCGGGGCCGAAGAGCUACCAUGUGCACGGGCGGGUUAUACAGAUAUGACUUUUUCCCUGAUCCGGUUCGAAAUAACGGCUACCUAUCGUCUCCUAAAAUACUCUCCAUUCACAAAUCCCGAUUCUUCUACCAAAGAUUUGUUGGCGAGUCGCCAGCAGCAUGUUAUUUGCCUGGAGCAUCGCUUGCGCGAAAAAUAUCUACAAUAUUCUAACACAACAGCCACCGUCCAUUGGCUUUGUGCUACCAUCUCCUGGCUAGUGCUCGCUAAAUUGCGAGUUUUCGUCUACGACACGGUGACGUCCGGAGAUAUGUCAAGCACGGGGCUCAAAGCAGACGUUCGUGAAUUUAUCUUUGCGACGUCAAUCGAUAUAAUCGAGCUCUCGGUUAUCCUAGAGACCAGCCAGAAAACCCUUGGCAAUUGGACUUGGAUGUUCAAAAACAAUAAUCAAUGGCGUGCACUUUCAUUUGUCCUGGCGGAGCUCUGUCUCCGUCCCUUGUGUACUGAUGUGGACCGUGCUUGGCGCGCAAUAGAUGAUGCCUUCCCCCUGUGGGAGUCGCAAGACGCAUGCGCCCAGAAGGAGAUUUGGUUAAGUGUCUCCCAGCUUAAAGAGCGAGCUAUCCAAGCCAGGAGGCGACAGCUAUUUAUGUACCGUGCUCCUGCAUCAACCCUUGCUCAUCAAUACUCCCGUGCAUUUCCUGCUGUGACUCCACAGCAGUUGAACCGCGCUGAUGACGUACGACAACCGUUAUCAACAUGUUCUGAUGAGCCUUCAUCAAACAUGCAUCAUUGCUCUCCGCCGUGGAAUUUCCCUGAUCCUUCGGCCGUUGAUUUUGUCGAACAUCCGGGUUUGGUCUCGGACACAAACAUCUCCGUUGGAGAUCUGCCAGAGGACCUAUUCUUUUCGCACCCUGGUUUCUUAUCUGAUAACAUUUUAGAUUUUUUUUGA